AUGACUGCCCUGCCUGCUGCCGCCCGUGGCCUGGACGCGACCGCACGCUAUGACGUAUACAGCCCACACCGCACUCGCAACAUGCGCCCGACUCGCAGCACCACACUGCCAGCACCGGGCAGCGCCGAUUCUUCCUGCGAUGCCUCACUUCUCUCGCGCAGAUCAUCCGUCGCUCAGGGUCACUUGGCUCACGGGACCGUCGCCGAUUCCGCGGCAAGGCUCGCGGGUCCUUCGGGUCGCCUGCGGCUGGUGGUUGGACGGCAGGGCUCGCCGCCGCCCGAUGACUCGCCCGCGAUCGGCGCGCAGGGCCUGGGUUGCGGCGGGAGGUGUGGCGUGAGCCGUGGGCUGGUGGGCUGGUGCAAUUGGCAUGCUUCACUGUUUCUUUUCACCUUUUCUUCCACGCGGGGCUGGGUGCCGUGUCCGAGGCCGCGAGCCGACAUGCCCACACGGCACCGCGGCUCCAUUACAGCCUGCCAUGUCCCGACAGACCUGGCAGCGAUGGAAGCUAGCGCCCUAGGAAGCGUCUCCGGGCGUCGUUCGAGGCCAGUUGUUAGGGCGAGGCCUGCUGCAAGUGUGGCGCGGGAAGCCACGGGCCACGCCGCAUCUGCCGACUGCAAUUCGUCCUCGCUGGAACUCUCGAGCGCUUUCCAACACCUCCCGGCUCAGGCCAUGCCCUGCCACAGUGCUGCCCCCGUGCGGCGGCUCCAGCCUUCUGCCUCCCUGUUCGGCCCGUCAGGAGGGCUCCGUGACGGCGCACACUUCAACAAGCCUGCUGGCGCCGUUGUGAAUGGCGCUGGCUGCAGCCAGGCCCCCUCGACGCCCCAACAGCCCAUGGUGUGCACUGGUGGGUGGUACCGCGCGUGUGGUCCACGUCUGGGGGCCGUCUGCACCACCCCGAUACCUGCGCCGAGCGUCUACAUGGCGCCGUCUGCCGCCCAGGGGUGCAGCAACGGUGGGCGUGCCGCCUCGAGUGCUGGGAGUGCCGGCCAGGCGUCUGCGGCUUCAAUUGUGUGCCUUUCACGUCACGGGCAGCGUGGUGGUGAAUUGAGCUCGAUCCUCCCCGGAGCCGUAGCAGCCACUGCUCCCGAUGCUGAUCGCACGCCGGGGGACUCUCUCGCCACAGACGCCGCUGCUUCCAGGCCGUUGACUUUUUGUCCCAGGCCCUAUUAUUUUAAGAACGGCCUCCUGUGCUGCCAGUGA